CCUCCCGUCACGUGCCGCGGUAGUGGCGGCAGCGCCUGAGCGGCGGAAUGGAGGGCGAGAGCACUCUGGGGGUGCUGUCUGGUUUCGUGUUUGGCGCGCUCACCUUCCAGCAUCUCAACACCGACUCGGACACGGAAGGUUUUCUUCUCGGUGAAGUGAAAGGUGAAGCCAAGAAUAGCAUUACCGAUUCACAAAUGGAUAGUGUUAAAGUUGUUUACACAAUUGACAUUCAGAAAUACAUUCCAUGCUACCAGCUUUUUAGCUUUUAUAAUUCUUUAGGUGAAGUAAACGAACACGCACUGAAGAAAAUUCUUUCAAAUGUCAAAAAGACUGUGGUGGGCUGGUACAAAUUCCGUCGUCACUCGGAUCAGGUAAUGACGUUAAGAGAGCAGCUGUUGCACAGAAACUUACAGACGCAUCUUUCAAGCCCAGAGCUUGUUUUUCUGCUGUUAACACCAAGUAUAACAACAGAAAGCUGCUCCACUCACUGCCUGGAACACGCCUUAUAUAAACCUCAAAAGGGGCUUUUUCAUAGGGUGCCUUUGGUGGUUGCCAACCUGGGAAUGUCCGAUCAACUGGGUUAUAAAACAGAAUCCGCUUCCUGUACAUCCCCUGGCUUUAGCAGAGCCGUGAGAGCACACAGUUCUCAGUUUUUUAACGAAGAUGGAUCGCUGAAGGAGGUGCAUAAGAUAAAUGAAAUGUACGCUGCAGUACAAGAAGAAUUAAAGAGUAUAUGCCACAAAGUUGAACAAAGUGAACGGGAAGUAGAGAGACUAAUGAUGGAUGUAAACCGAUUGAAAGAAGUUAGAAAAGAGCAGCAAGCCCGGAUUAAAGCAGCAGAAGAGAAGAAUGUCCAAAACAACCCCCAGGAGAACAUUCUUCUUUGUUAAGCUCUACGAACCUUUUUUCCAGAGUCUGAGGUUCUUCAUUCUUGUGUUAUUUCUUUGAAAAAUAGACAUAUUUCCCAAAGUGGAUGUAGCAUGAAGCACCAUCUUGAUGUGGCUAAGCUGACCUUAAUGGUGGAGUAUAUUCACAGCCCUGACGCUAGUCCACUGCCUGAAGCCCAGCUAACUAAGCGUAAAGAUGUAGACACACAAGACCAGUGGCCCGAGAAAAAACCACGGCUGCAGGAGACAGAAAGCAGACCUGUGAUAGCUUCCCAAAGCAGUCACCAAAACAAAACGUCCUCAAGCAGCCCAGAUAUAGACACAGAGAUGGGAAGCCCGGAAGAGGACACUGAAUACCCUCGCUCUCCCACGUUUUGAUUCUUGCUAGAUGAUAUUUUUACCUGACUGAGGUUCAGACACUAUUUUACUGUCUGCUACUGGAGUAACACAUGAGAAGUUCAUGUUUUACUGCACUGUAGGGGAAUACGGUAUUUUUACUACUCAACCGUUUGUAAUAAUGAUAAUGUUUUAUAAAGUAUUUUAGAAAUUCCUAUUUAUAUUUCAUACAUUGUAAAUACUCUGUGAAUGUGUAUAUGUUCCACUCAGCUGCAACCUCCCUCGCUUCCCAGCCUCUUCUCACUGUGCCUUCCCUGCAGGAGUCCUCCCUUCCCUUUAUAUCCCAUGUUCCGUUGCCUUCCUCGCUCCUGCAGAUUCUUUUUCUCCCAUCUCCUGACCCCUUUCUAGUGGCCUGGCCUCUGUCCAUCCACAUCUAAAGUACUUUUUAGAAACCUUUGUGGUGCAGGAAUCGAUGCAGGGCCAUGUGAACCGUAGGCAGCUUCUCUACCACUGAGCUGUAGUCCAAAUGGGUUUUUGGUUUGUUUGUUUGUUGAGACAAGGUCUCUAAGUAGUUCUGGCUGUCCUCAAACUAACAAACAUCUGCCUGCCUCUGCCUCCCAGGUGUUGGGAUUAAGAACGCAUGCCACCACACCCAGCUAAAAUGCUUUUAUUUCAGAGCCACGACCUUUCAGCUUCCCCGAAUUAUCAAGGGAGACUUAAAGAUGCAUUCUUUUAAACUACAACAUUCUUCAAAUUGGAAAAGAGAAACUAGCCUUGUUUCACAGCACAGAAAAGAGCACAGAAGUUUGCAUAAUCAGGCCUUGGAGCUGGCUCAGCUGGCACAGACACUGCAGUGAAGACUGUCAACCUGAGUUGGAUUCCUGGGACUCCCUCAGGAAAGGAAUGAGCCGUCUUCCACACAUACCUUCACUGAGGCAUAAUCAUGAAACCCCCACAAAUAAAUUUGAUAAAAUUCUA